CCCAAGCUCAGGAAUACAGAUGAUUGAGGCCAUUCAGGCUGCUCUGCUGGCUGAAGUUCAGCAGAGCAUGGGAAAGACGUUGGCCAAUGAGCCAGAGAGGAGGAAAGGCCGUCCUUCGCUAGCUGCCAGCAAGUGUGAUAGCUGUACCCUAACCCCUGCAAACGUCCAAGAAGAGAAGGGCAUUGCUGAGAGGCGAGUCUUAGAAGAAUCGGAAAAUGCAGAUGAGAAGAAGUCACAUCCUUGGAUGCUCAAGGUGUGUUCAUGCAAAGUGUGUUAGAGGAUGGUAUCGCUCUUCUAAGGAAACCAGAAGAUGGAGAAUUGUGGCAAAAGUGGAAAUACAUUAACUAUUUUUGGCUGGAUGGCUAUUUUCUGGGCUUUGUUAAACCAUAUUCUGCUAUAGCAAUGACCCAUACCUCCAUUUCCCUUUUUUAGUUAUUACAUUAUCCAACAGUUCUAAUGUCCUAAGAGCCAGGGUAGAAUUCCUGUUUCUGCUGAUAAAAACAUGAAAAGCUCAAGAGACUCUGAGCCUGCAUGAAACACAGUCAUAUAGUGAAUGACCAACAGUGAAGUGUGUGGCACGUAAAUAAUGCUGCGUGACACCCCAAUCUCUGAGCAGUAAGAUACUUCCAGGGGUCCCUGUGCUUACCCAGAGUUUAGUUUCCUUAGAAAGAAGGUAUAUGAUGUUUUUAUGAAAUAAGGGUUAUUUACACACAUUCACAGCCUGAGCAUGAUAGAGGGGUUCAAAAGAUCUUGCAUUUUCCAUCAGGCUUACAGGAGGCAUCCUAAAUCCAUGGUGCAAGGAGCCAGCCUAUCUACACGUCUCCAGUUCCUGGCCUUUUCUCAGACUCAACUAAAAACAACCCUCUAUUUGGCCCCAGGGUGGUGGUGGGCUCUCCUGAAGAGUUUCUGUAACAAUAGGAUCUCCCUGGCAGUUUGACUAUCUGAAAUCCAUAGUGUGGUGAAAUGAAAGGAGUGCCAUGCUUUUCGCAAGAUCCUUGUGGAUAAAAUUGUCUGGAGACCCCGAGUAGAGCUGAGCCCUUUAUACACCAUUCCCCACCCCCAUUUAGCCUGUUCUCUCUCUACGUCCACACCACACUUUUAUUCCACUUUAAACAGCCAUAGUUUCCCCCAAAGAAUCCUGGAAAGUGUAGUUUGUGAAGUGUGCUGAGAGUUGUUAGAAGGCCAUUAUUCCCCUGACAGCUCCAGUGGCCAGAGGGGUUGAAUAGGCAGCCCUUCUUCUGGUGAUUAUAGCUCAGUGAGGGGAAUAGGGCAUCUCCCAACAAUUCUUCACCAACUACACUUCCCAGGAUUCUUUAGGGGAAGCCACGACUAUUUAAAGUGGAAUAAAUGUCUGGUGUGAUACUGGCACAGAAUGGUGCCUGCUGCCCCCUAUCCCCAUCAGUACACUCAUUAUUCCCUUGCAGAAUUUGAUGUGUAACACCUUGAAAAAUAGAUAAGGAGCAAAUGCAGGUGUACCUGUAGUAGUUUAUUUUAAAAUAGUAACACAACAUGUGGUUUUAUAGGGAAAUGGCAUUAUCUGCCUUAGUUGCAAUAUUAGUCACAUUCAAAGCGGUGCACAAAAACAGCAGGCUUACAAGUCAUGUUUUAAAAUAACAGGCAGGCACCUUUUUCUAAGUAUUUAUGCCUUUACACUGUCACUGUGACAACAAUGUUCAGUAUUUUGCUCUGGAAUUACAGAAGCCAGAGGGAGGCAGGGAGGGCACUUCUUUUGGCCAGACUGCUGCCCCCCCCCACCAGGAAUCACUGCACAGCACAGGCAGACUGCACCUGGACAUCAACGCCUGUCCCCAUUUAUCUUGGCAUCUUCACACUGAUUUCCCCUCCCCUCCCAUGUCCAUCUUUUUAGUUUAUAACCCUGAAGGCAGUGAAGAAGCUGUAAAAAUAAUAUUAAGAGGAGAACAUCAAUGCCAUUGUAAAACUUGGAGUUAUCCUAAGAUAAAUAAAUGUUCAACACCAACACGUGAAUGUUCUUAAAAUAAAGAUUUGAUACAGAAGAUUAAAGCAGGUUGGACUUUGAAGUAAUAUACAGAAAGCACAGCAAUCAAUUCAAAAGAUAGUCACUACUACCCAAGGUUCUUGUAUA